AUGGCUGAUUUCGAGGCUGACCUCUUUGAUCUUGCUGGCGGCGGCUCCGACUCGGAGGGAUCCGUCGUCGACCGUAGACGCUCUGCGUCGCCAGCAGAUAGAGGCUCCAAGGCCAAAAAGUCUAGGCGCGCAGCGGAUGGCGGCUCAGAAGAGGAAGGCGAAGCCUUCUCCGGGCCCGGCUCCCCCGACUCUCUAAACUCGGCCCCCAUGGAUGAAUCAGACUCGGACGACGAGCCAUCAAAGCCUCGAGGGCCUAGCGGAGGCGGCAACGAUGAAGAAAAGUAUCCCGUCGACGGCAAGUUUCGAAGCGAGUCGGAAAAGGCAGAGAUUCUGGCCAUGCCCGAAUUGGAGCGAGAGCAGAUUCUGGCCGACCGCGCCAACGAGAUUGAGCGACUGCGACAGAACCGCCUGUUGCGCCAGAUGGUCACGGACACGCAAAAUGACGAGCGCAAGGCGAAAAAGAAGCGUAGCGCCGACAGCGCCGACCUCGAGGACGACGAUGAGGACCGCCGCGGCAAGUCAUCGCGGCGGACCGGCGGCACGGCCAUGGACGCACUCCGUAGGGCCAGAGCCGACAGGCAGAAGCGUAGGGAGGACCACGAGCGGCGCCGCGACGCGUACUCGCCGCGACGGGAGUCGGACGAUGAGGCGAGCGAGGACGACUACAGACGCGGUUCCCGCACACCCGAGAAAAAGGAUGAGAAAAAGGACGAGCCAAAGCCGGAGCUGCGCGACUUUGAGAGGGUGCGCCUGGGACGCAACGAGUUUGCGCAGGUCUGCUUCACGCCGGGCUUUGAAGCUGCCAUUACGGGGUGCUUCAUUCGCAUCGCCCUAGGGCCCCAUCCUGACACGGGCGUCGAGCAAUACAGAAUGGCCAUUAUCAAGGGAUUCACCACCGGCCGACCUUAUGCUCUGAGUGGUCCCAACGGCACGUUUGUAACUGACCAAUAUGUCAAGGUGGCGCACGGUAAGGCCAUUAAGGAAUUCCCCUUUAUCGCCGCCUCUAGUGGCAGAUUUACAGUGAACGAAUUGAAUCGCUACCAAGUAACAUGCCACAAUGAAAACGUCAAGACGCCGCUCAAGUCGGUGCUAAACAGCAAAAUUGACGACAUCAACAACCUCCUUACACACAACUGGACCAACGAGGAGAUCAAGGCGCGCCUCGCCCGCCGCAAUGAGCUGCGCAAGCGCUUCGACCCCGCCGAGCGCGCGCGCGUCGCUCGCCUCCUUGAGGAAGCCACCGUCGCUGGCGACACCGAGCGCAUGCAGGAGCUGCAAGACGAGCUCGACAAACUCGGCGCGCAGCGGCUCGCCUUCAAGACCAGCCUGGGCCCGACCAAGUCAUCAUUGUACGAGAGCGGCGCCGGCGCCGGCGGCGGCACUCCCCGAAUCUCGUCGGAGCAGGAUCGCCUGGCGGCGCGCAACAAGGAGAACCGCCGCAUGAACCAAGAAGCCGUACGCAAGGCGCAGCUGCGCGAAAAGGCAAAGGCCCGCGAGAUUGAGCUAUCGCUCAGCCGCGGCGAGAUUGUUGCCGAGGACCCCUCGCGGCGUCUCCGCACAAAGGCCAAGUUUGUCCAUGACGUUCACGAAGCGGCCGACGGCAAGCCGGCGAGCGGCGCCAGCACCCCCGCGGCGGCGGCAGCGGCGGGCACGGCCAACGGGACGGCAGCGGCGGCGACCAAAUCAUCGCAGUCGGCGCUGCUGCCGCAUCUGGCCAAGCUGCAGGACAAGAGCCAGGCGGACAGCAAGGGCCUGCCGACGAUUCACAAGCCGCUAAUGGAUGAUGAUGUGAUUGGAUCGCUGGAUAUAGACAUUGAUAUCGAUAUUUAG